GAUGCUCCACUUGAGCACAUUCGCACUCUCACUCAAAUCCUCCUCUUCUCCCAACACACUUUCCUCACCUCAUCAUAGUCAUGCCGGUCCCACGCGAAGAAUACAUCAGCGAUGUCUGGCGCGACGGCAUCUUCACCAACAAAGUCCUCUUCUGCACAGGCGGAGCCGGCUCAAUCUGCUCGCUCCAAGUCCGCGCCUUCGUCGCCCUGGGCGGUAACGCCUACAUCGUCGGCCGCAACCACGAAAAGACCGAGGCCAUGGCCAAAGACCUCACAACCGCACGCUCGGGCUCAAAAGUCAUCGGCCAAGGUGGCGUGGACGUACGAGAUCCCAAGCUCCUCGAGGAGGCAGCGAAACGAUGUGCGAAAGAGCUGGGAUCAAUCGACUUUGCCAUUGCCGGUGCAGCGGGCAACUUUCUUGCGCCGCUGAGCCAGCUCUCUGCCAAUGCAUUCAAGACGGUCAUGGACAUUGACACUUUGGGAUCAUACAACACUGCGAAAGCCGUGCUGCCACAUCUCGUCGAGAGCGCGAAGAAGUACCCCAACACGGGCAAGCCUUCACGAAACGGAACAGGCGGACGCUUGAUCUUCAUCUCCGCCUCGUUCCACUACAGAGGUGCUCCAUUACAAGCUCACGCAGCGGCGGCGAAGGCGGCAGUCGAUCAAAUCUCACACGCCGUGGCGAUCGAGUACGGACCGUUGGGCGUCACGAGUAAUGUCAUCACACCGGGACCGAUUCGGGGCACAGAGGGCAUGGAGCGCUUGGCGAAGCAGGACCCGGAGUCGGCAAAGGCGAGCGCGAAGGCGAUUCCGAUCGGGAGGUGGGGAGAGGCGAGAGAGAUUGCGGAUGCGACCGUGUAUGUGUUCUCAGAGGCGGGGAGCUAUGUGAAUGGGAAUGUUUUGGUGGUGGAUGGUGGGCAUUGGAGGACGAGUGGGGCGGCCGAGAAGGGAUGGGCGUAUCCGGAUUUCUUGAUCUCAGGGAAGGCGGUUGAAGGCGUCAAGAGUGGGAGGAAGGCGAAGCUGUAG